UAUAAUCAAUUGAAUCUAUGUCAACCAAGAGACAAAACUAAAAAGAGAAGUAAAAGAUUAUGCAACCAUUAUAAGAGCAUAAUGAUAGUACAAUUAUUUAAAUUGAUAGUGGUAGCUGAACCUAAAAUACUUUCAUGUGAAGGUACUUUUCAAAGUCAUUUUAGUUGGAGACAAUCAGAAACAAUUUCAUAUUGAUAACUUGAGGGACUCUAAUGAAUAUCUGAAUUCAGAUGUAACCUUUCAUUAAUAUUGCAAGAAAGAACUCAAUUUAGACUAAUUAGAACAAUUUCCUUAAAACUCAAGCAACAACCUGAUCGAUAACCAUUAUCCACAAAAAAUGAUGGAUUCAACUCAGCAAUAAGAUUGUAAAAAGAUAUAAAAGUAGAAUGCUUCAACCAAACAAACGAAUGAUUCUCAAUAAUUACAAGAGAUCCAAAAUCCUAACUAAUUGGAUAGAAAAAGCCUAUAAAAGUAAUCUAAAGAGACCAAACCAUAAAGUACAUUAAAUGAGGAAAUCAAAACUUUUGAAGAAAGAAUUGUGAAAUAUACAUCCGAAGUCAAUCAAGAAAUUAAGUUGAGUCCUAAGCUCUCAGAUGAAUGGAAGAAGAAGUUUACCUUCAUCAAAAAAAAGAAAUGAUUUCAAUAUAAGUGAAUAGAUUAUAAAAUUCACACUCCCUCUAAAUCCUAUUAAAGCAAUUUUGUAUAAUAACAGGUAGAUGUACAUGC